AGCUAUGCGGCUGGCUGGUUGGUUGUUCAACCAUGACCGUCAUAUGGAUGAAAACAGCUCUCUGAUUCCCUCAGAACUCCGAGAGUAGAGCUUCAUAUGAGGACCUCCACUUAUGUAGACGUGGGAUUUUCGACUGCAAACCUGCUGGGAACAGUUCGGUGAUAAGUUCCUUUCCGCCGAGGUCUUGCUUAUGCAACUACAUUGUGAAACCUUCAAAUGAUCUCGUGUCGCGAAUAGUUUAACUAGAGUCAGUCAUCUGCGUAACCUGUUUUCCGUCGAGUUGCCGUAGCCCUCGUUACGCCAGGGACCGUUUCACCGAGUCGGUGCCACUACGGUACACCGUCUAAUACGCCACUCUGUUCCCAUGAGGAGACAGAGCAUGGCCCUGCUCAGCUCAGGCUACCCGGCCGCUUUUCAAGGUGGACUACCGUGCAGCGGGCUCUUUUCGCUAGGUGUGCCUGGCGCGUCGACCCCGCUGCCGUACCCCAACCUGUCCCUGAUGAGGGUCCCGCCGCACCUUCCCAUGGGCUUCGCGGUAGCCAAUCUCUCCGCUGCUUACCUCCAGUCGCCCCAGUCCCGGUCGGACUCGGAAUUCUCGGCCGUUCUGUCCAAGCACCACCAGCAGCAUCACCAGUACCCCCAGCAAUCCCAGCUUAAUCCCACCCUUGCCCAGACUACCAACUCCUCGCCCAAACGCAAAGGUGUCACGAACUUCUCGAUUGCCGGUAUCCUGGGCCGGGACGAGGACGCCAAAGCCACCGAGAAAUGUACAGAGACUAGCCCGCCAAAGACGGCGCGCGCGCCCGAGGAAUCCUCGGCGAACGAUCCGGAGCUGGAGUCCAAAGUGCACGUGAAAACAGAAUGCUUGAGUUCUCCAAAAGGUGAUGAGGAGGAAACGGACAACCCUCUAACCAGAUUUUCCUGGCUACAGUGCACAAGAUAUAAGCCACCUCGAUUGCCAAGAGCUAAGCGGAAGGAUGGAGCCAAGAAACGCAAGCUGGGUCGCAAUCCCCGUGUGCCCUUCUCCCCUGCCCAGGUCACCACACUGGAGCAGAAGUUCCGCUGUACCCACUACCUGAGCAGCAUCGACGUGGCCGAGCUGUCUGCAGCGCUCAACCUGUCCGAGAAUAGGGUCAAAAUCUGGUUUCAGAACCGAAGGGCUCGGGAACGACGCGACAAAGAGGCGGCCAGCAAGGACGCUCCGUCCUCACCGAACGGAACCCUGAUGAAGCCCUGCAGCUCUCCGGCACCCGCCACCGGCCCGUCCUCGCUGAUCACCAUGGGACAUCCCGCGCUGUCGCCCUCUCCAGUGGACGGCUGUGCCUCUGCUUUUACCCCGCUCUCGUAUCCGUUCAGCCGUUAAGUAUUCAAAUACGUCAGAAUUUCUGGUCUUUGUUCAGAAAAAAAUACUUAAAUAUAGUACUUCCAUUGCAAGGAAAUACAGUACAAGAUCACGGUGUCGUUGAUUCUCUUUGUUCAGAUAGUGGUUGAGGCAUGAGGAUAGAACUACCGAAAUUAGCUACCAAAAUCGAGGGGAAGUUUAGGGGCGAUGUGGACACUGAAGUUAAAAAGGAUUUCGAUUUAUUUGAUCUCGUUGAUAGUUGUAUGUAAAUGUAUGUUAAAAACUGGAUCAGUUCAAAACCAGUUCUUUCAAGAGAGAGAGAGAGAGAGAGAGAGAGGGGGGAUAGUGGCGUUGUAGGUCCAACCGUAUAUAGUGUCCAUCCCUCACUUUGAGCAAGUACAUUUUGCUUCCAAAGAUUUUAUCGAUCUAAUUUAGUCCUGAGAUUUCACGGUGUCUUAUCAAACCUGACUGAAAAUGAUAAUUUUGGAUACAAUCCAAUUAGAUUUCAGUUUCUUUCUUUUUUUCCCCCAGAAAGUAUAGAUUUAAUGACCUUAAUGUAAUUAUUUCGGCAUUUUUUAAAAGGCACCUUGCCUCCCCCGGGGACGUCUACUUCAGUCAAGUAACAUUUUCAUACAAAGUUUUAUAGAUGGAAAAUCUCGUAUAUGAUUGAACCUGUUUUUUCAGCAAUUAACAAAUAGAAACCCACUCAAGGACAACAUAUUCCUGAUAAUUGUUAUUUUACAUAGUUAUUUAUUUAUGAAAGGCGCUCGUCAUUCGAGUGCAGACAGCCCACAUCAGCACAAGACUAUUCUAAAAAGUGCUCUCAGAGUAAAAUUAAUUCUGAUAUGUUGGCUAAGCCUUAUAACUAAAUGGAUACCCCAAGAUUUUGUGUCAAGUAUUUUUUUACCCAAAGUCAUUGAGGCAUGAUAUUUAAGAUAUAAGGUUCUGGCAAAUCAUUUCAAUCAGCUGUGCCGCAUGACCGUAAGUCACUCACCUGCAGAGGCUACGUAUUCGCCCGUGUUGGUGAUGUUUGAUAUUUAUUGGAUAGCUCAAAUGAAAACUUCAUCCGUCCCAUCUUUCACAAGUUAGCUUUUUGCAGUUCUCCUAAGCUGCUUUACAUAUUUAUUUUAGUUUUGAACAAAGAUCUAAUUUUGAUGUAAAGUCAGAGAUCCCAAAUGUCUUAAUAUCACCGAUUAAAUGACUUCAAUUAAUUAGUGAAGUGUGUCAGUUUAGUACAUAAUAAAAGUAAAUUGUUGAUGCGUAAUGCUGUGUACUAAAAAGUACCUUGAAGUUAAAAAAGGUUUUUUAAAAUAAGGUAGUAUAAUAGAACUGUGUAAAUAUCAUAAAUCUAAAUAUUGUUGGAUGGAAUAAAACAGAUGUAAAGAUGAAA